AAAGCCAUCUCACACUAUAAUUGAGAUAUUUUACAAGACACAACACGAAAAUCAUUAAAAUGUUUAGUAAGGUCUCUACAGAAGCCUUGGUUCUCCUGCUUCUCAUCAUCUACUUGACUCAAAUCGAUGUUUCUUUCGCACAAUAUUAUCAGUAUCCGCAGACCCAUGACUCUCCUGACAGCUACCUCAGACCACACAACGUAGCCCGAGCCAUGGUCAGAGUCAAGCCUCUAAGAUGGGACUUCGGCCUAGCCACUGUGGCUCAGGACUACGCAAAUCAACUAGCAUCCGGUUCAUGCAGCCUCGAGCAUUCCUCUGGACCAUAUGGAGAGAACCUUGCAAUGGGAAGUGGAGACAUGUCACCGUCUCAGGCUGUUGCAAUGUGGAUAAGUGAAAAGUCGUAUUAUGAUUAUUACUCAAACUCGUGCCACGAUUCGGCUUGCGGACACUACACGCAGGUCGUGUGGCGUGGAUCUGCUCGGCUCGGUUGUGGUAAGGGUGUGUGUGGUAAUGGUGCAAGUAUUAUUGUGUGUAACUAUGACCCUGCGGGUAAUUAUAUUGGAACUAAACCAUAUUGAUUUCAAUUUCAAUCAAUGAAUGUGUAAAGAUUGCUUUGUAACUUUUUCCCCAUA